AAUUUUGACUAUAAAUAAACCGCUGUCGAUGCAAACGGUCAAUCAUUUGUGGUUUAAGAGCUCAAGGUGUCAGACAUAUCAUAACGGACAUGAAGCUGUUUAUUUUGGCCACCUGCCUGUUGGCUUUCGCAGCCGGAGAUGUUUCGCAUUUGCCAUUGGAGGUUUUGGAGGAGCACCACGAUCAUGGCUAUGGGUACGAUUAUCCCAAGCCGGAAGUGCCAUUUGUGAUUGCCAGUACGACGGAGCCACCACCACCGCCACCACCCACUUAUUUGCCACCCAAGCCGGUGCCCACUUACCUGCCACCUCCACCACCAACCACUACUACUACAACCACCACAACCACACCUGCUCCUACUCCUGCUCCCACUUAUCUGCCUCCUCCACCACCAACCACCACAACUACCACCACAACCACUCCCCCUCCCACUCCCGCUCCCACUUACCUGCCUCCCCCACCUCCCACUACCACAACAACCACCACCACUACAACCACCCCACCGCCCACGCCGGUGCCCACUUACCUUCCGCCUCCUCCACCACCAAAAGAGGAGCCCGGCUACCACUACGAUGCACCCGCUCAGGAAUUCCUCUUCUAAGCCAAAAAAAAAAAGGAAAACGGAAACCACCGAAAAACUGCACUGAAAAUGGAAGAUUUCCCCGGAUUAGUUUUGUUUUGAAUCGUUGCACUAAGCCUAGCUUUACAUAAGGUUAAAACCAUCUCAAUAAACGCUGUUUUGUUAACCCCA